UCGUACUAACAGCUAGCGAAGUAAAUCAGGGAGGAGGAGGAGUAGCUUUUGCACGAGCAAGCCAUGUUCAUUUGCAGAGAAAGCAAAGCGAUGAGCCGAUGACUCUAUGAGCCAUUUUGCCAUUGUAUAAGGCUGCAAGUGCGUGACCUGGGCAGAGCAUUUCACCCCUCACGCAUGCUCCCUGGAGAAGCCACGCCAUGAAGGACGCGAAGAAGCCCACGCGGGCGUCCCGCCUGGGCGGGAGGCUCGUCGGCGUGGCGUCCAUGCUCCUCCUCGUCUCGCUGGGGUUCGUCCUCGGCGUCACCUCCUCCAACGCCAUGUUCGUCAGGUUCUACCUCCCGUUCAUGCCGCCGCUACGCUCCGCUGCCGCGGCGGCGUCCUCGCCCCCGCCCACGCCGCCACCGCCACCGGCUCAAGACCAGCGGACUGGGUCGGCCGGGUUCCAGGUGGCUCCGAGCGGCGUCAUGCACAACAUGACCGACGAGGAGCUCUACUGGCGAGCGUCCCUGGCGCCCAUGAUCCGCCGCGCGCCCGACAGCCGCGCCCCGAAGGUUGCCUUCCUGUUCCUGGUCCGCGGGGAGCUGCCGCUGCGGCCUCUGUGGGAGAAGUUCUUCGAGGGCCACCAGGGGCUCUACUCCAUCUACGUCCACGCCCACCCCUCCUACACCGGCUCGCCGCCGGCGGACUCCGUGUUCCACGGCCGCUACAUUCCCAGCCAGAGGACGAAAUGGGGCGACGCGAGCCUGGUGGAGGCGGAGCGGCGGCUGCUGGCGAACGCGCUCCUGGACCUCGGCAACGAGCGGUUCGCGCUCUUCUCGGAGGCGUGCAUCCCGGUGUACGACUUCCCCACCGUGCACGCCUUCCUCACCGGCGCCAACACCAGCUUCGUCGACUGCUACGAGAACGGCGGCAGCCGGUCGCGGUACCGGCCCUUCUUCGCCACCCGCAACAUCACGCUGGCGCGGUGGCGCAAGGGCGCGCAGUGGUUCGAGAUGGACCGCGCGCUGGCGCUCGAGUCCGUCGCCGACGACCGCUGCUUCCCGGCGUUCCGCGACUUCUGCGUGGGGCGGAGCGAGUGCCUCAUCGACGAGCACUACCUGCCGACGCUGGUGAGCCUGCUGGGGUGGGGCCCCCGCAACGCCAACCGCACGCUCACGUACGCCGACUGGAAGCGCGCCGUCAACCGGCACCCGCACACCCACGGCGGCGGGGAGGUGACGGAGGCGCUCAUCAGGGAGAUCCGGGAGGACGGCGGCGGAAGGUGCUUCUACAACGGCGCCCGGAACGGCAUCUGCAACCUGUUCGCGCGCAAGUUCUCGCCGGACGCGCUCGAGCCGCUGCUCCGGGUGGCGCCCAAGGUCAUGGGGUUCGGCUGACGAGGCGGCCGGCGGCGGCGGCGGCGACCGGAGCAGGGAGUGUACCAUAGUAUUCUUUUUUGCGCCAUGGCCGAUCGAUCCAGGUUGAGCUUGGGAUCACAGGCCGAGAAAGUCCAGUAUCAAGAGGAGAAUAAACUCUGAAAUCAUUUUGCGACCAUGAACACCUCGUUUGCCAACCGAUAGCCAUGUUGCUGUGGCUGCUUGGUUGCGCGGCGAGGUGGUGGGAGCAAGGGGGGCGGGCGGAGCACGCCGCCCCCGUGCGCCGCCGCCGCCGCGACCGGCAGGGAUGAGUUGCGUGCGUCCCUACUCAGCUCGGGGAUCGGAGAGGGGAGGAGGCUCCGGUGAUUUGGGCGGAAAAGGCCUCCGAGGGGAAGACCUUGACUUUCCCGCACCUUGAUGGGCUGUAUAUUUUGGCCCAACACUGG